AUGCAUCGUACCGGUGCGGAGCCGCCGGCGCUGCCUGAGCAACUGGAUAACACGGAUCCUGAGUUGGCGGCCGUGAAGGCGCGCCUGAAGCAAGGCUACAAAAUCGAAGAGGUGACCGACCGGCCACCGGUUCCCAUGAGCUCGGCGUUGGCUACGGCCGCUGACACGGGCACCCCGUAUGGAAACUUCGUGCUGUCGGCCUCCUUGCAGAGUUUCUGGAGCCUGUACGGGAAGAAGGCGACCGAGGAACAACGCGGCGCAUCGCUUCACGGCGGCAUGACGGCCUGUCUGGUUUCCGUGGUGGCUUCUAUCCUGACGCUGGCUGUAGCCACGGUCCUCCUACUGCGCUACCUGUCGCCCAAGAAAGACGAGCUGCUCAUCCACGGCCCGUUUGGCACCGUGCUUGGCUCGGUAAUGAGCUGCAAGGGGCGCCUAGCAUAUGCCUUCCGUGGAGUGCCCUUCGCCCAGCCGCCAGUCGGUGACCUACGCUUCCGGGAUUCCGUCGCAACAGCCGAAAUCGGCGCCAGUUCGCUUUACGACGGCACUCGGUCACCAGCCACUUGCCUCCAGAUCGACAAGGCGAUCAAGGCUCGCACCAGUGCUGAAAAGGAAAAGCUCGGUUCGGAGGAACGUGAGGACUGCCUCACCCUGAGCAUCUGGAAGCCACCAGGCGGCUGCGAAUCUGGCCCGCGAGCGGUGCUCUUCGUGGUGCAUGGCCACUUCUUUCAAAUGUCGCACGCCGAGAACGAAGGCCGCUGCCUGGCCGCGCUCGGAGACGUCGUGGUCGUGGUGCCGCACUACCGGCUCGGAGCCAUGGGCUUCCUCAACGCGCCGCCCGAAGCACCGGGAAACAUGGGCCUCACGGACCUCGUCUUAGCGCUGAACUGGACUAGGAUAUACGCGCCUUAUUUCUGUGGCGAUGCCGAAAACAUAGUCGCUUUGGGACAUAACGCCGGGGCGUCUGCAGUUGGCUACCUGUUGCACAACCGGGAAGUCUUUAGCGUCAGCAGGGCUAUUCUCAUCAACGAAACACCAUUUACAAGGUACUUCGAUAACACCAUCAACGCCAAGGCUAAUCUGGCGACAUUGAGUGAACGACUAGGCUGCGACUCCAACGAAACGCGUUCGGUUUUUGACUGCGUGCGGAACGCCAGUGCCGCGAAAGUCGUGCGAAGCGGCUGGGGUGCAAGGCCGAUCUUCUUCCCAUCCUACAAUCAUCGCCUGAUGCAUUUUGCACCCUACGACCGCACGGAGAUGACCGUCCCUAACCGCAUCGACCUGCUCGUCGGCCACACGAGAGGCAACAUCUUCAAUCUCGCAGACACGAUGAGACCCGAUUCUUCGACAGCCGAGCAACUGCAUUUUUCCGCGGCUUUCCUCACCCUUCUUGGCUUAGAAGCGCCGAUGGAGAUAAUUGACUACUACCAAAAGGCGGCACAGACGGGGUUGUUAGGCCCAGGCGUUGACCAGGACGAAGCAGACGCCACAAUGCUGAAUGACGUGCUGCACGCAUGUCCCGCGCGCUUCUACGGCCAGUUCCUGUCCCAGAAAUUCAAUCGCGUCAGCAGCUUCGUGCUCCCUCGUCACGAACGAUCGGCCAAGACUUCGGCAACGGGCACGCACGUCGAGCGAUGGCUGGAACUCGAAGAAGACUUGCAGCGUGCCUUGGGAACCUUCCUUCCCGACCACUCGUUCGACUCGGAUGGCAACGACAGGUUCAAACUCAGCGCCACCCUCAUCUACAUAUGGACAUCAUUCGCCGCCGCCGGUCGCCUUCCAGCUGUGAACAAUGCUUCGUGGCCUCGCGUCACCGGCUAUGCGUUUCCCGUGGUGGACAUCAGACCGAACGGACUGACGCUACUCAACGACAGCGGCAGAGAAGAACGCUGCAAGUUCCUCGAACACAGGCUGCUGCUCUAG